ACGAAUGCCAGGCAACGAUCUGCUGCGCUCUCCCGACCACGCCGUCGGCUUUUGCUCGCGAACACUUCAGUUUACUAUUGUAAGCUCACUCGGACAGGUGAGCGCCGCGCUCGCGGCCGAUCACACAGGCGAUGACACAGUUUUCGAAUUGAAAAUUUUGACAGACUUGACGCUGAUCGAUGAUCACUUGAGAGAGAUUCGAUUUCACCUCACGCGCACUGCUUGCCUGCCUCAGAGACAAAAAACCUGAUGUUACGUGUAGAAAAGUGAUAUCGUAAUAAAAAGAGAUUCAUCUCACAAAAAAGGUUUCAUUCAUGAAAGUAGACCGCGUAAACGUCCGUUUCUAAACAAUAAGUUCGAACGUGAAUUAUUAAAAAAAAAAAACAGUAGGUUUUCGGUUUUUAUAAUUAACGCGAUGAUGCAGACAAGUGAUUUCAAUUGUUACAAAGUGUGAGAUAUAUGUAUUUGUAAAAAAAAAAGUAUUUGAUAACUAAGUCAUCUCGAUGAUUCAUUGAUGAUUCAGUGUGAAGAAGUUGAACGAUGAUAACCCGGUUAAUAUGCGGGUUACUGACACAGCUGGACAUGUGAAUAUAUUUUGCGCGCUUAGCAAUUACGCUGGCGCUGACAACGUGAGAUAAAAGCCGGAGUUAAAACGAAACAAUUGUGCGAAUAAAAGAUAUUCGUUUUCAUCACUGAAACGCAUACUCGGCGAAUCUGUUGACAUCGUAUAUUGUAACACAAAACUUCCGAUUACCGAUCUAAUCUCGAGAACAUUUCGCGAAAGAGACCAUGUCAAUUACAAGCACCAAUCCAAGACCAAGAUGACGUCGGAUAAACAAACGAGAUCGUCUUCUUGGCUGCUGCGAUCGUGCAAAAGAAGCCGAUUUAAAAUAGAAUUUCUGUACCUUAUGUUCGGAUACUUGUUGACGCAAUGCUCGGCUAGAAACAAUCCUCCGAGAUUCCUCAUAGACGGCCAAACGGAAAUUGUACUCAGAUUGAAGGAGGGACCCGAAACUCCGAUUGGUAGCUUAAUUUACAGACUGAAAGGUAUCGAUCCGGAUGGCGAUGUCUUGAGUUUCGGGGUACGAGAGCAACCCGGCAGCGAUGUGAUUCGAGUCGAGAACUUCGGCAACUACGAAGCUAACAUUUACUUGAAUAAGUUGCUGGACAGAGAGACAAGAGACGAGUACGCGCUUGUGUUAACGCUGACGGACGGACGGCUGGGAGAAGGAAAUUUCAUCACGCAGAGCUUGCUGCUUCUGGUCGAAGAUAUCAACGACAACGUGCCAAUUUUCCGUCCACAUCCUACGUCAUUGACACUCCGGGAGGAUUCGCGCCCGGGUAUUAUAACAACGGUGGAAGCGACCGAUGCUGAUUUGGGCGCUUACGGUCAAGUGGUAUAUUACCUCCAGGAGCUGGACGGCGAUAACAGCGUUUUCACCAUAUCGACCGUCAAUGGUAAAGGCGUCAUACGUUUAGUCGGUCCUCUGGAUUACGAGCAAAAGUAUCUAUAUCAACUGCGGAUUCUGGCUGUGGACCGUGCAAAAAAUGAAAAGGUAAAUACAGGAACGACCGCGAUUCUGGUCAAGGUACAAGAUGUGGAGGAUCAGCCGCCGGAGUUCAUAACCAUGACGCCUGUCGCAAGAAUCAGCGAGAACGCCAGGAUUGGCACAUCUGUUCUGCAAGUUCGUGCCGUGGAUGGCGAUAAGGGGAUAAACAACAAGGUGACGUAUAGCAUCACGAAGGGACCGAGGUAUCUGUUCGAUAUUGACGCGACUUCCGGUCUGGUGUUCACUCGAGCGCAAUUGGACAGAGAGGCUGAGGAAAACAGCGACGGCACUUUCAUUCUGGAAAUUACGGUGAAGGAAGUGUCGAAGAUUAAUCCGUCGCCGUCCGUCAGAACCGAAGUGACUAUUAUUCUUACUGAUGUAAACGACGAAACGCCGACGUUUAGAAGUACGUUGUAUCAUGCCGAAAUAAACGAGAACGCGCCCCAAAACACGCCCGUCAGUUUUAUCGGCGACGCCGUGCCGGAAGUGUUCGAUCAUGACUUGGGCACCAACGGCACGUUUACAAUAUCUAUCGAGGGCGAUAAUGGAAUUUUCGAUGUGACCCCAUUUCGCGGAAUAAAUGAGGCGCCAUUUUUAAUACGCGUUAAGAACUCAAGUAAACUCGAUUUCGAGAAAAUAUCAGUGGUAAAUUUUACACUUGUCGCGAAAGAGAUCACGUCGAUUGCGCCAAAGUACAGCGCGGUUCCAGUUACGGUUUUUAUAAAGGAUCAAAACGACAAUUACCCCGAAUUUACGAAAAAUAUCUACGAGGUCUCGGUACCCGAAAAUUGUCCGAAAGACACCACCGUGGCUUGGGUACAAGCUCUGGACGAGGACAGCGGGAACUUCGGAACUCAUGGAAUACGAUACACAAAUUUAGGCGGUAGCAUUGCACAUGCACUGGCGAUAGACCCUCUCACCGGUGUGAUUACGGUUAACUAUCCCGGAUCGAGUUUCGAUCGAGAACUAGUAGCUCGGCAUUAUCUCACGGUCGAGGCUCGAGAUGAUCUGGGAAAGGGAAAUCGCAACACCGCGCAAUUGAUAGUCCAUGUUGACGAUGUUAACGAUAAUCCACCCAAAUUUCUGCAAAAUAAGUACGAAGCCGUACUGUUGGAAAACGAGAAUCACUUCGAAUCGAUUCUAGUCGUUGAAGCGUCCGAUAAAGACUUAAACGGGACACGAAACAGUGAAAUAGUAUACGCUUUGGUAUCGAGUGAAUUCUCCCGAAACUUUACGAUCGAUCCGAAACGAGGUGUUGUAACACCAGCUCGCCCUUUGGAUUACGAAGCUCUUCCUAUAAAUCAGGGACACAAGGAAAACAUGAUACGUCCGUUGCACUUGACAGUGAGAGCUAGAGACAGAGGCGUACCAAGUUUAUCCACCGACGUUCCCAUGACCAUUUAUUUGAAAGACAUUAACGAUAACGCGCCAAUGUUCGAAAGAACUUUGUACAAGAGAAACAUACCCGAGGAUUUGCCAGGCGGUACAAGUGUUUUGCAAGUAAAGGCUUGGGACAAGGAUCUCUCGUCGCCCAAUAACAAAUUGGUUUAUCGAAUUCAAAGCGGAGCCGGCGAUAAGUUCGUGAUUAGUCCGGAAACCGGCGUGAUUCGAGUGGCACCUGGCUCGAAUUUAGAUCCGGAUCUGACGUCGCCGAAAACAACCAAGUACAACUUGAACGUUAUUGCUAUCGACAGCGGCACGGAGAUCCAGCGCACAGCCGAAGUCCUCGUGAAUAUCACGAUUCUAGACGUCAACAAUAAACCGCCGAUUUUCAUCGAUCCCGGAACCGUCACCAUCAGAGAAAACACUCAGGUUGGUGCGUAUGUUUAUCGCGUGGUGGCGCAAGAUCUAGAUGUCAAUCCGAAUCUCCGUUACCGAAUAGAUCCUAAUUCGUCGGAGGCGCGAAACGAGGACGGUACUCUGAUCAAAAUACAAGAAUAUGACUACUUGGCGACGUUAGAACUGAACGCACUGGACGGUUUGCUGCGCGUAGUGAAGCUGUUGGACAGAGAGAAAGUAGAAACCAUAAGACUGGGACUUAUAGUCGAGGAUCUGGCCGCAGUAAGAGGCUUGCAAACUGCAUCCGCCACACUGAACAUAAUUAUUGAAGACGAGAACGACAACAAUCCGAAAUUCCGGAGACCAUUUUACAGACGUUCGGUCACCGAGAACAGUAAGAACGGCGUUAAUAUCGCGAAUAUAGUUGCCGACGAUGCUGAUAAAAAUCGCAGCAUUACGUAUUCCCUGAAAGGACCGAGAGACAUCGUUGAACUUGUUCACUUGGACUCUGAAACCGGAGAAAUGGUUGUUGCGAACAAAAUCGAUAGAGAAAUGUAUACGUGGCUUAAUUUAACUGUUAAAGCCACGGACUCGGGAUUUCCAUCCCGAUCGAGUUUGUCGGAAGUAUACGUUCAAGUGUUAGACGAGAACGACAAUAAUCCGUACUUUAUUUCGAACGUCAGUAACGUCACUGUUAUGGAGAACUCGAAAAUCGGCACGGAAAUCACCGUUAUACAGGCGACAGAUCUCGAUAGCGGAGAUUACGGAAAAAUAACUUAUCUCUUAGACAGAAUGUCAUCUGAGGGAGUGUUUGCUAUCCAUCCGGAAACCGGAUCGCUGACAGUGGCUGAUUUUCUAGAUUGGGAAACUAAACACAGUUACGUUUUAGUCAUUGAAGCUUGGGACAAUUAUCAGUUUGGUUACACGGCGGGAGAGUCUCGAAACGCGUUUAAACAAAUCCAGGUAACAGUCACUGAUGUGAACGACAACGCUCCGAAAAUGGAUGUACCUCAGGAUUGUAUUUCGAUAUCGGAAUUUCAUGACAUACGUGACUUGAUUUAUAUCAUUAAAGUAAAAGAUGCCGACGAUCCGACAACGCCGAACGGACGUGUCGUAAUCAGAAUCACUUCUGGCAAUGAAUUAGGUUUGUUCGUGCUGCAGCAAACCGAUUACUGGACGGCAAAGAUAAAAGCGGCAAAACCGCUGAGAGGAAAAUUCGGAAAUUACACGUUAAACGUAGAGGCGCGCGAUCUGGGAACGCCGUCUAAUAAGGAUAAUGGAAUUUUGAAAAUAUGCGUCACGGAUUACAACGAUAAUCCGCCUGUGUUCGUUAGUCCCGAGCACAACACCACCAUACGUGUUCCGGAGAACAUAACAGUGGGGAGCCCGAUUAUUCGAAUCGAGGCGAGAGAUGCCGAUACGGGAUUAAAUGGCGAUGUACAUUAUCGCUUGAAGCAGGACCUCGCGGGUCACUGGCGGACCUUUCGUAUCGACGAGAAAACCGGCGCGAUAUUCCUGAAAUUACCGCUCGACAGAGAAACCCAAAAAUCUUACGAGAUACGAGUUGAAGCAUACGAUUUGGGAAUGCCGACGCCUCUGAGUUCGGAUCUCGAUCUAAUAAUUUACGUGCGUAACAUCAACGAUUUUGAGCCGCAAUUUCUAAUGAAAGUUUUUAACGUCAACUUCACGGAGGAACAACCUCCUGGGUCGGAAAAUGUGUUACUUCCAGAAACGAUCGAUAGAGACGAGGUUGAUGACUUGGACGAUCCUCCCACACAAGUUUGUUACUUUAUAGUUGACGGGAACGCCGACGAACUGUUCGUUCUGGAUGUCUACAAACACGAACUCACUACUGCCAAGAUGCUGGACAGAGAACAGCAAGAAGAACACGCACUGCUCAUCAAAGCAACAGAAGACUGCGAGACUGUUCCGGACAACGAGACCACAUUCGACGAGACGGAUGACACUUUGUUACAGGUCGUCGUGAAGGUCAACGAUAUCAACGACAACGCACCGCAAUUUGUUAACAAAAUAUUCACGGGUGGUGUCACCACCGAGGCUGACUUCGGCACGCAGUUUAUGCACGUUAAGGCUAUUGAUUUGGACGCGGGUAACAACGCGGCGCUCGGUUAUUAUCAAGUGGGCAAAAUUCACAUGACGUUAACCGAAGGUUUCGAGAAUAUGCAGCUGCAGCCUUUUCUGGUAAAUAAAGAAACCGGAGCGGUGAGCCUGAAUUUCGAUCCUCAGCGAGGAAUGAAGGGCUACUUCGAUUUUAUGGUACUCGUUAACGAUACGCACGGCUUGCAAGACACCGCGCGAGUCUUCAUUUACUUGUUGCGUGAGGAUCAACGCGUUCGUUUCGUUCUCCGUCAACAUCCGCCGGAAGUCAGAAGCCGAAUUGAGACGUUUCGACAAGUUUUGGGUAACGUCACGAGCGCCAUCAUCAACGUGGACGAGUACAAAGUGCACGAGAAUCAAGACGGGUCCGUGGAUCGAACGAAAACGGAUCUGUAUUUGCAUCUGGUGAAUCGCCGAGACAAUUCGAUUCUCGAAGUAUCCGAGGUCCUCGAGCUGGUCGACAGAAACAUCGAAAAACUCGACAAUCUCUUCAAGGAGUUCAACGUUCUCGACACACAGCCGGCGAAGCCUCAGCCAAUCGUUCAAUACGAACAAGCGGGCACAACUUUCUGGUUACUCACACUGACCCUGUUCCUGGGUGCUUUGCUGAUUCUAUGUGUCGCUCUCUGUUUGUCCCAGAGAGCGUCUUUCCGAAGACAAUUGAAAGCGGCGAACGCGUCACCGUUUGGCGCGACGGAUUCGGAAUUUAUUCGAAACCCCGGCCGUGUUCCGAAUACAAACAAACACAGCAUGGAAGGUUCGAAUCCCAUAUGGAUGCACGCUUAUGAAAACGAAUGGUUCAAGAGCGACGAGUCGUACAGCCAUACAUCCGAGAGGGAUUCCCUCGACGAGAACGCGCUUAAUAACGAGGAAAUGAUGAACGACGCUAACACAAACCAAAGAUCCGAAGAUAAGCCGUAUUACAUAGAGCCGAGAAUCUCAACUAUUUCUAGUAGCGAAAGUGUCGAAAUCCAGAACGACUUUAGCAGAACUUCACCAAUGUACACGGGACACAACACGGUCGCGAAUCCUCUCGGGAAGAAGAUCGAAACAACGGAACUGUAACUCACAAAUCAAUAAAGAUCUCGCGAUUAAUUAAUUAGUUAUAGACUUAAGCUAUUGAAAAUAUUCCUUAAAUGUAAAGUGCAACGAAAAAUAAUCUUGUAAAUACUUGUGUUGCGUAAACCAAAAAAAAAAAAAAAAAUUACAUUAUUUUUUAUCGAUGUCUCUUAUUGUUCUUCAGAUAUGUUAUUUUCAUAAAUUAUUUAUUACAUGUACGUGUAACAUAUGUUUUAUCGCAAUGAGUGCUAAGAUUUACAAACAACUUAAUUUAUAUUAACGUUAGUCAACAACGAUUAAAAAUCUGCACAACGACUUAUUGUAUAAAACGUUUUGUACACCUUUGUAUUUUUUAUAAACAAAUACA